AGAAGGUAUAGCCAGGUCGCUGCCAGGUACAAGUAUUUCACUGCAUCGAUUCACGUAUCGUUCAUACCUUGACACAUUUCUCUUUCACCGACCAUCAUCAUGUCUGCUCAAAAAGUCGCAUUGAUCACAGCAGGGACAGCUGGUCUAGGAGCACAGAUUGCUCGCGUGCUAGCACCAGACUUUCGUGUCGCUAUCAACUACGCCAACAAUCAAUCCCGAGCUCAGACUCUCAUCGAUGAGUUGCAGAAAAUCCCAAGCACAGCAGGCAGCUCGUCAUCAUCACAAGAAUCUCCUCGCUUCGAGGCCCUUCAAGCAGAUGUUGGCGACCGAUCAGCGAUACAAAACUUGGUGCAACAAACCGUAGCCAAGUUCGGACGUCUUGAUCUCGUAGUUUCCAACGCAGGCUGGACUCGGAUCACGAAUUUCGCGAAUCUGGAAGAAGGAAUGAUCGACGAAGACUGGGAUCGUUGCUUUCUCUACAAUGUCAAGUCGCAUUUGUGGUUGAUGCAUGCUGCCAAGGAGCAUCUGGACAAGACCGAGGGAGCAUUCGUGACGACGGCGAGUAUUGCGGGCGUGAAACCUAGUGGCAGUUCCUUGCCGUAUGCUGUCACGAAAGCUGCUUCGAUUCAUCUUUCAAAGUCGCUGGCUGUUAUCUGUUCGCCGAAGAUUCGGGUCAAUAGUGUUAGUCCGGGAUUGCUGUUGACUGAAUGGGGCAUGAAGUUUCCUGAGGCGAAGCGAGAGGCGUCGAGGAAUAAUACGAAGCUGAAGCGAUUGGCGACUGUUGAGGAUGUAGCUCAGCAAGUACGCGCUCUUGCGUUGAAUCAAAGCAUGACGGGACAGAAUAUCAUUUUGGACGGAGGUUUGACGCUAUAGACUUUCGACGGGCACGACAGUUCGUCAAUUUAAGCCUUGCAUCUCGCGCACACUCCAACCAACACAUGUGUAAUUUGGGCCUUCAUCCUUGCACCUUCCUGUUUGAGCCAUUUUGACGAUGGCUGCAACUCCCUCUGCUCACGAA